UCUCGGCACUAGGACCCAUCAAACCUUUAAACCGGUAUUUUUCCGGCGCUAGGACCUGUCGGACUCCGUGAUCUCUCUCUUUGUCUCCACCAGUCAGAGCCUCCCCCUCCUUCUCCUCCUCCUCCUCCUCCUGCUCCUCUCCGUCCCUCUGUAGUCUCAUUCCGUGUCUCUCUCCAUCAGCAGCGGUCUGGAUGCUUGCAGGGACAGAAACAUGGCUGUGAAUCUCGGCAAGAACAGACUGGCCCUGCUGACCGCUUACCAGCAAGUCAUUGACGAGACCGCGGACACCGACUGGGCCUUGUACACAUAUGAGGACGAGAGCAAUGAUUUGAUACUGGCAUCAUCAGGAGGGGGUGGUCUGCCAGAGAUCACUCUGACCUUUGACAGUGGGAGGGUGAUGUAUGGAUUCUGCAGCCUGAAGGAGCCCAACUCCGCCCUGCCACGAUACAUCCUCAUCAACUGGGUUGGAGACGACGUGCCGGAUGCGAGGAAGUGUGCGUGUGCCAGCCACGUCGCCACCAUCGCUGACUUCUUCCAGGGAGUGGAAGUCACCGUCAACGCCAGCAGUCUGGAGGACAUUGACGCGUCAGCCAUCGGGCAGAGGCUGACCAAUGGAACAGCAGCUGUGGCGAGUCCAGUCCUGAGCCGCCUGAGAACCCGUGAAGAAGAACAUGGAGAUGUUGGCACCGUGUACGAGAAGACCAACGCAGAGGUGGAGAUGAAGAAAAUCAAUAGAGAGGAGUUUUGGGAGCAGGCCAAGCGUGAGGAGGAGAUCAGGAAGGAGGAUGAGAAAAAGAAGGCAGCAGAGGAACGGCAGCGCUACGAGGAGGAGCGGAUGGAGCUGGAGAGGAAAGAGCAGGAGAGCCGGGAGAAGAGGUACCGCGAGAGGGAGCGUCAGAUCGAGGAGCACAGGAAGCAACUUGUGGAGGAGGAAGAGGCCAGAGAGAGGUUGCGGAAUCAGACCACCCUCGCAGCAGAGCCGAGCCUUGAGGACCUCAACCUGGACAAGAGGGAGACUGAAGUGGAGGAGGCGAAGGCCAUCAUCGCUCAGCGGUCAGGAAACCCUCGAGAGUUUUUCAAGCAGAAAGAGAGAGCCAUGACCAUCAGCGUCGACACCUCGCCCGUCUCCAUCCACAGGAGCGGCCGUUUGGACAGCCCAUUCUUGAGGCAACAGCACAGUUCCAGCAGCCCCAGUCAGACCCCCCCACUCCGGGGCACGUCACCCCUCCGCACCCAGCCACACGUACGGACGCAGCCCACCGCUGCAGCCGGGGACGAUGACGACGAAGCGAGCACAGAACGCAACAUGGCCGCUGUGUCACCCAUACCUAAAAUAGUCACUACACCAAUCAAAGAAGACUUUCGCAUUGAGGAGGAGGACAGCAGAGAUGAAUGGGAGUCGAUGCCAAAGCGGGAGCAGAAACCACCGGUUCAGGAGUCCACACCCACCAAGCCCGUUCAGAGUGUUGCCCCACAAGCCCGAGACAACUCCGGCUUCUCUGUGUGGGAGUCAGGAACAGACAGCCUGGUCAGUCUGUGGGACACCACCUCUGCUGGUCCAAACAACACCACCCAGACCUCCCAGUCCUCCAACCUGGUUGACCUGAUGGGCGACGUCAUCCAAGGUGAUAACCCACUGAGCACCGCUGCCACUAGUGGCAGGCCUCAGCCCCUCCUCAGCUUUGACGAGAUGAUGGACGGAACCAUGUGCUCGGGCACUGGUGAGGACGACCCCACCAGUCUGGUGGAUGUGACGGCCUCAGACCAGAUGACCCUCAGCUACCAACAUGCACUGCAGCAUGCAUCUGGGAAUGGGCAGGAGCUAGAGGAUGGACAGCUGCUAAUGACCAACGGGGAAACAAUGCUGAAAGAGGGCACUCAGGCCAGUGAGGGCUAUUUCAGCCAAUCACAGGAAGAAGAGUUUGGUCACACAGAGGAGUCCUCAGCUAAACCUGCACCUGUCUUUUAUAACAAGCCACCAGAGAUUGACAUUACAUGCUGGGACACGGACCCCGUGGUUGACGAGGAUGACGACUAACCGGCCAAUCAGAAACACCAACCACCGGACCAAGAAGAAGUAGGAAGUGCGCUUCAUGAAGAAACAGAUUUUUUUUUCUAAAAAACAAAACACAAACAAAAAAAAGUCAUAAUAAUAACAAAUCUUGCAUCAAAACUACUUCUGUAUUAUCUUUUAGAGGAAAACUGUAGCCAACGAAAAACGGAGAGAUUUGAGUUGUUGUUAAAGAUGGUUUAAAGGCUCAGUUAUGUUUUUUUCUGUGUGUUUGUUAUUUUAUUUAUUUGUUUUUUCUUCUUUUUUUUGCUAUGCAGAUGUAUUAGCUUGAGAGGGGGACUUUGUUUGUGUAAAUGAUUUAUUACACAUUAACGUAGCGCACUGCUGCAUAUUAGAGACAAUGAAGCCCAGUGUGAGGCCAGCAGCCGACACACCUAGUCUGUAGUGCUUUGAUAAUACCCUAUAAAACUAAUACAGUGGAUCAUUACAGCUGCCAUGUAUAUUUACACUCUCUGGCUCUUUUCUUACCUCUUUUUCACCUUAUUCCUUCUUUCUGCCUUCCAACAAAAACAGCCCAAACAUAUUCACCUCCACAAGUCAGUUAAUCUUGUAUUUAGCCCUCAUGUUCUGGGGAAAGGUGAAAAUCGUUAUUUAUUCUGGUUUAUCUUUCACUAAGAGCUAAAGAUAUCAGACCUAAUUUAAAUGAAAUUCCUGAAACAAUUUAAAUCAUGUCUGCAUUUUGACCUUUUUUCACUCCUUUUUGUAUGAUUUAGAGACUUAAUUCAAGAUUAAAUGGCUUGUAAACCUGGUUGGUUUUUUUUCUCAGUGCACUUUCUUUUUUUCUUCUGCCUCCUUGUGGAAGAGCUGCAGAUUCACAACCAGCCCUCCCCCUCCUGUUCCAUCAUUUUUACCAGACUUAUAUAUUUACACAAGCAAAUAAAAAAACAUUUUUUGCAUCUACUCUAGAUGAAUUAGAUAUUUUUCCAGGUGUUAACAGUUUUUAGGAGAGUUCGGCUUUGACAUGAAGCCCCCUUCAGCGUGAUCAUCGUAAAAACAAGAACAAUGAACCUUUUUAUGAUUCUUCUGAAAUUUCUCCAAAGGCAACAAAUGAGAGUUUUCAGCAGCUUAGUGGCAGCAGAUCCUACCUUGACACAAUUUUUUGUUGACUCUUUAGUUUACUUACUGUCCCUUUGAAACAGGCUGACAGAGUUAGAUUUGGGGGACAGAGGGAGCGUAGGAAGAAACCCCUGGAAGCAAUCUGGGGCCACACUUUGUUUUCAAAUAUUAGGUUUGGACACUUCUUUACUUUGCUUGGAGAGCCGGAUGUUCACACCAGUUUCAGUCAUGCUGUCACUUCAUAGAUCCCAAAUUUUUACUUUGGGUUCAAUGACAUUUUUCCCCUUUUUGUGGGGGGCACUCACAUUGGUCCCUCAUACAGGUGUGUGUGCCUGAUCGUCCCUGAUUUGGUGUGGGAAGCUUAUAUAUGCUCUUGGACUCAAGUGCCCUGUGCCGACUCAUUAGCUCACCAUCUGAGUUAGUAAGAGAGUUGUGUUCUCUGUGUUGUUUAGUUUCCCGAAGCACCACUAAAUGUAUUUGGCUUUGUUUAGAUUAAGGAUUCUCAUUGUCAUAGUCAUUAGGGUUCAUCUUCUGGGAAAAAAGAAUGGGUUUACCAAAAUUUGUUUCAAUCCAUCAAAUGGCUAUUGAGAUAUUUAGCCUAUACAAAAGCGUUGAGGGUCAUACACUGUCAUAAAACUGUGAGUAUGGGACAAACAUCAUCACAUUAGGGCCAGAGUUACUGAAAUCUAACUUAAUAUAAGAGAGAACCUCCAAAAUAACCUCUAACAUACUCCCAAAAUAUAUAUGAAGUUUAAUAUGAAGUCAUAUUUAAAAGUUUUUGUACCAGGCAAGAAAUCUCAACACUCACAAACACAUACAAACACUUCAGCUACAGGUUUACACACCUGAUCAAUUCUAAUUUUAUUUUAGUGUUAUACUGUAAUUUCAAGAGACAUCCCAAACAAGAUUAUAUUGAAAGGUGUUUCUAAAAAUCUAUUUCAUUUAAUAUUGUGUGUUUUAUCAUUAUUUCCAAUUCAAAUGGUUUUCGUUAAGAAACAAGAUUCAGGCUUUUCUAAAAAUAGUUUUAUAGUCAGGGUCCUAUACUCAGGCCAAUAUGGUACUAUGGUUUGGGAGAAGAAAUGUUUUUUUGAAGAAUAUCUCAUCCAUAACAUCUGAUUUCACCAGAGCUUUAUGUGGAGAAUAAAUCCUGUUACUCCCCUUACUCAGUGGCUAGCGUUUGUAUCUAUGAAUCGUUGGUAUCACAUAAAGGACUAUCUUAUCUUAUCCUAUCACAUUCUGAAUUUCUACAGUUCAUAAAAGAUUUCAGAAGAUACUCGUGAUUUUCACAACAUACAUUUGUGUCACACAAACAAACAGCCUCUGUGCAUCACCAUGCUCCAAUCUAAUUUAUUCUGUCCCUUUUAGAGCCAGCAUCACUGUUGUCUUCCUUGUACUCAGAAUUUCCAUUUUUAUGUUACCCUGUAGAGAUUUGCAAAUCCGGGUUAGAUUGACAUUACUCAUGUAACGCCCGCAAAAAGAAGCAGUAGUGCACCAUUAGGUGCUAUUAUGAAUCACCAAGAGAAACUGUAACAUGGAGCUGACAAAAAAAGGGCACUGUUAGCUGGUUAGUGAAAAAAAAGGUGAAGCUAGAGCGAACCUGAGCGUAUACCAGUCCACUUAAAGCACUGCCUUGGACAGGAGAAGAUAUAUCGGGUAAAAGAGGAAGAGCAAGUGCACAUGUGUAAAGGAGUUUUGGAAAUAUAGGGUUACCAUCCAGCUGUGGCAUCCCAUGUGUCGGCAAAAUCCAAGCAAAUCAUCAAUGUUGACUUAUGUGAAAUACUCAAAUUAUAUGACAUACUAAAAGUAUUUUAAAUGAGUAACACAAGGUUCCUCAUUUAAUCCAAAUGACUGCAUUACAAGGGGUCAAGCCUGCAUCAAAACACAAGGGCUAUUCCUGCAAAAAAUUACUUAAACGACACCUCAGCCUCUUCUGUUUGACCUUUAGUGUAUUAAGAUGUUUUUUUUCUGCAUUAGCACAUUAGAGCUACCAAAAUGCUUGAACACAUCUGAGCUUCUUUAAAAUGUUAGCUCCUUUAAAAGUGAAAUGAUAUAUAUUUAAAGUUACCUUUUCAUUCUGUGGAGUUAAGGUUUUUUGGGGGAAAUAAUGAAUUCCAGAGAUUACCCACGUUCAAAUGUAUAUUUUCAGACAACAAAUACUAUUACAGCAUUACAGUUCCUGCAGGAUAUUAAAAAACAGGAUAUUGACUUCACCUUGACCGACACCUGGCUCUCCAAGCAGCUCCAAACUAACACAACAAAACAAGAUAUUUCUCUCUGACCCGUACUGGCUGCUUUUUGUUUUGUGCCAAUGCAAAAAAAUCAAACAAACACCAUGUGUAUUUCUUUCUCUGUUUUAAAUUGAAGUUCUGUUUAGUUGCCAUGGAAGCUGGACUGAGAGUUGGGGCGGGCUGAGAUGGGAGGUAUGUGUGUUUUUAAUACCUGUCAAAAAGUGUGCUAGAAUUGAUUUUCAGGACCUUUUUGAAUAUUAGCAACAACAGUGUUAGUCUUUUUUUUUGCUGUACAUUCCUGUAGAAAAUAAAAACUCCUUGGCAAUAAUAA